CAUGCGCGGACAUGCCGUCUGAGGAGCGUCCCCCUGCUGGCCGGAUGCACGGAUGAACUAAUGGACAGUCACUAAAAAGCUCCACGCUGGCUCAACACCGGGACGCUUCGUCUCCGGCUUGCCCGGGCAGAGGAGUGCUGCUUUGAGGCUGCACCAGUUCACUCGUCUCGCUGAGCACAUCCACGGUGACGAAAAAAAAUGACGCCUACUCUUUGCAUCAUCGCUUAUAUGUUGACUUUAAUCCACGGUUGUGGUGGUGCCGACUCUGAGGAGCGCCUUAUGAACUGGCUGCUGGGCAAGAACCGCUAUAAUCCGCUCAUACGGCCAGCCAUCAACAGGACAGAGAGGGUCACCGUGAAGCUGCAAGUGUCUCUAGCGCAACUCAUCAGUGUGAAUGAAAGGGAACAGAUUAUGACCACAAACGUCUGGCUUACUCAGCACUGGGUGGAUUACAGGUUAAAAUGGGACCCGGCCAAGUACGAAGGUAUCGACAAGCUGCGUAUACCAUCCAGACAUAUCUGGCUGCCUGAUAUUGUCCUGUACAACAAUGCCGAUGGGACCUACGAGGUGACGGUCUUCACGAACGCCAUCGUCCUCUUCAAUGGCAGCAUCAACUGGCUUCCUCCCGCCAUCUACAAAAGCGCAUGCAAGAUCGAAGUGAAGCAUUUUCCCUUCGACCAGCAAAACUGCACUCUUAAGUUCCGUUCAUGGACCUACGACCACACCGAAAUCGACCUGAUCUUAAAGUCGGAGAUGGCCAGUAUGGAUGAUUUCACCCCGAGCGGAGAGUGGGAUAUCUUGGCGCUUCCCGGCCGACGAACGGUCAACCCGUUGGAUGCGACGUAUGUAGACCUCACGUAUGACUUCAUCAUCAAGAGGAAGCCUCUUUUCUACACCAUCAACUUGAUCAUCCCAUGUGUUCUCAUCACUUCUCUGGCCAUCCUGGUCUUCUACUUGCCGUCCGACUGCGGUGAGAAGAUGACUCUUUGCAUUUCCGUACUCCUGGCACUCACCGUUUUCCUGCUUUUGAUCUCGAAAAUCGUUCCGCCGACCUCUCUGGAUGUGCCGCUGAUCGGCAAGUACCUCAUGUUCACCAUGGUGCUCGUGACCUUCUCCAUCAUCGCAAGCGUUUGCGUGCUCAACGUCCACCACCGAUCCCCAAGCACGCACACCAUGCCCCCUUGGGUCAAGCUGGUCUUUCUGGUCAAACUGCCGACUUUACUUUUCAUGAGACGACCUAACAAUAAUACGAGCCGUCAUAGGUUAAGACAACAGCGCUGCCUUCAAGAAACAAGGACAAUUUUGCGCUUGGGUUACCCAGUUGGAACCAAACCAAAUUUUACCAAAUCUUCUUCUGCCUUGUUGUCUUCAGACGCUGUUUUCUCCAAGCCUGGACACAAAAAUAUAAUCCCUCCUUUGGGUUUUAGUCACACUGGAAGAAAAUGUGACCUGCGGUCCAACGAUUGCCUUCCCAGUGGUUUAUCCUCGACUCAGGACCUCCAUUUCAGAAGCAACUCAGACUGGGCUAAUGAUGUCCAGGAGGCGGUGAACGGAGUGCGCUUUGUCGCUGAGCACAUGAUGGCGGAUGAUGACGACCAGAGUGUGAUUGAGGACUGGAAGUACGUGGCCAUGGUGGUGGAUCGCAUGUUCCUUUGGAUCUUUGUCAUCGUGUGUGUGGUGGGAACCCUGGGCCUGUUUUUACAGCCCCUUUUUCAAAGCCAGGUGGUUCAGAACCAGCAACCCACAUCUGAUAUGCCUCGCAUUUGAUGGUAAUAGUAGCCUGAGGUUUAGCCCCAGUUCUUUAGCAAAGAAUGCUGUAUUUGCAGAGAAAUUGAUGACAACGGAAUCUGUGAAGUCAAUUUGGAAUUUGAGCAAGAUUCAUCAGGAAAAAUAAGUCUUGGAAGCUGCACAAAACAAGUCUGAAGCACCGUCAGGCAUGAUGUCCUAGACCAUCAAACGUUUUAUGGCUUUUUAUGGCUUUUUUUUGCAACACUUAUUCCAAAAGAAGUUGCGGUCUCAGCAAGCAGACUCAUAUUCAAAGCAGUAAGACUCACACUUAACAAAUGUAACAUAAAGUGUGUUGUGUUUUUUUUUAACAUUUUACAGUGGUUAACUUUUCACUUUUGCAUUACGUCUGUAAUUUAGAACUUAUUUUGCUUAGCUGUGAAUGUCGGUUGUCUAUGCGUCAGUCCCGGGAUGAAUGGAUGUAUUACAAUGUGAUGUGUGAUUACUGUCUGAAUACAUGUACAAAUACCUUGUUUCAGUUUGAUUAUACUCCAUGUAA